AUGGAGGACAACGAGAUCGAGCUCGAUUUCGUCGAGGUGGAGCCGUUCGCGGGCGGUGGCCAGGGCAGCGUCCACAAAGCGGAGUACGCUGGCGAAAUCGUGUGCCUCAAGAAGUUCUCGCUGGUCGGCAUCGGAGCGCAGUCCGCGCGCGACAAGAUUCUCUCCAGUUUCAAAAAAGAAGUCGGCAUUAUGGAUAAGCUGCGCAAGCACCCGCGCACCAUCGACAUUGUUGGCAUUUGCACCACGGAUGCGAGCUUUGUCGGCAUCGUCACGCAGUACCUGCCGAACGGGUCGCUCCGCGGCGUCCUCGACGCGCGCGGCGAUGCCAUCACGCCCAAGACGCAGUUCAUUUGGGCCAAGGACAUCGCCAUCGGCAUGGCCUACCUCCACGAGGUGGGCGUCUUGCAUCGCGACCUCAAGAGUCAAAAUGUGCUCCGACGAACG